GUCUACAAAAAUGAGCCCACAUAGUUCUUCUUCUACUCUUUCUUCUGUUACUUCUCAAGCUAGUGAUCGGAGGCUAAACGCUCUCGUGCGUCACCUCGCUGCUGGAGACUCGUCUCCGAUGGACUCCAUCUCCGCUUCCCCCACCGCCGCACGUGCCGAUUCUGUCUUCGCUCAUGUUGUUCAAGGUCCUGAGGAUGCCAUCCUUGGGGUGACGGUUGCGUAUAACAAGGAUCAAAGCCCUAAUAAGGUCAAUUUGGGAGUCGGUGCUUAUCGAACCGAGGAGGGAAAGCCACUCGUUUUGAAUGUAGUGAGAAAAGCAGAACAGAAGCUCAUUAAUGACAUGUCACGAGUUAAGGAGUAUCUUCCUAUUGUUGGACUGGCUGAGUUCAAUAAAUUGAGUGCUAGGCUGAUUCUGGGUGCUGAAUGCCCUGCUGUCAAUGAGAACCGGGUUACAACUGUCCAGUGUCUGUCAGGAACUGGGUCAUUGAGGGUUGGAGGUGAAUUUUUGGCAAGGCAUUACCAUGAACGCACCAUAUAUAUACCCGCACCAACAUGGGGGAACCACACAAAAGUUUUCACUCUGGCGGGUUUAUCUGUGAAAACUUACCGGUAUUAUGAUCCAGCAACACGUGGCCUCAAUUUUAAAGGCCUCUUAGAAGAUCUUAGUUCUGCCCCAGCUGGAGCAAUCGUACUUCUUCAUGCAUGUGCUCAUAACCCCACUGGUGUUGAUCCAACCCUUGAGCAGUGGGAGCAGAUCAGACAACUUAUGAGAUCAAGAGCUUUAUUACCAUUCUUUGACAGUGCUUACCAGGGUUUUGCUAGUGGGAGCUUGGAUGCGGAUGCACAGUCUGUCCGUAGGUUUGCUGCUGAUGGUGGGGAGUUGCUGGUAGCUCAAAGUUAUGCAAAAAAUAUGGGUCUGUACGGGGAACGUGUUGGUGCCCUAAGCAUUGUUUUGAAGACUUCUGAGGUUGCGACCAAGGUUGAGAGUCAGCUGAAGCUUGUGAUCAGGCCCAUGUAUUCAAACCCACCCAUUCACGGUGCAUCUAUUGUAGCUACCAUUCUCAAGGACAGGGACCUGUUCAAUGAGUGGACAAUUGAAUUGAAGGCAAUGGCUGACCGAAUUAUCAGCAUGCGACAUCAACUAUUUGACUCCUUGCGUGCCAAGGGCACCCCGGGUGACUGGAGUCACAUCAUCAAGCAGAUUGGAAUGUUCACCUUCACAGGAUUGAAUCCGGAGCAAGUAGCUUUUAUGACUAAGGAGUACCAUAUAUACAUGACAUCUGAUGGGAGGAUUAGCAUGGCUGGUCUGAGUUCCAGGACGGUCCCUCAUCUUACAGAAGCGAUACAUGCAGCUGUUACUCGUUGUGCAUGAUUAAACAUUUUGAAGGGAACAGUCUUGUACUCAACUUAAAUAUAAGACCCUCUGAAUUGUUUUUUGUAAUAAUUGUUACCUCAUCUAAUGAGGUUAACUAGUGGUUUUGGGACAUGGUUGGGAAUUAUAAGCAUCUAGAGAAGCAGCAUACCGUAGGGACU